CCAAAGAGAGCUGUCCAUUUCGAUAGUUGCGCCGAUUUCUCAGGUUUUCUUCACUCGUCAUGUCAGCGUUUAUCACCAGUAGUCCUUAUGUAAACCAGUUGCGUUUUAAACCAAAGUCUUUUGGCGAGACUCUUAAUAGUUCAAAGUUUGUUUUUCGUUCGCCCCUGACGAAGCUUCCCUUGGCUACCUUUCGUGGGAAGAACUCUGAACAGUCUGGGAGAUGCGUAUCUAUGACAACAACAGUCCCUAAAAGAGAGGGAGUUACGAAAGAGAACUUGGAUUUUGAUACCAAAAGUUUUCAGAAGGAAAAAGUUUGGCUUGUUGAUGGUUACGAAUACAUCGUCAAGGGCGGACGAGAUGUUUUUAAAGCUCUUCCAAAGGCGUUUCAAAAAGUAAAGCAAGUCGGAGUUAUUGGCUGGGGUUCUCAAGGUCCUGCACAGGCACAGAAUUUAAGGGACACUUUUGAGUCUUGUGGAUUACCUAUUACAGUCAAGGUUGGUCUUCGUUCCGGUUCUAGAUCGAUGCAAGAAGCAAGGAAGGCAGGAUUCUCUGAAGAAAAAGGUACUCUUGGGGAUAUGUUAGACGUUAUUGCAGAAAGUGAUCUUGUUUUGCUUCUUAUUUCGGAUGCCGCCACUGUGGAGAACUAUGAAGCUAUCAUGAAAGCAAUGAAACCAGGUGCGACGCUAGGUCUUUCUCAUGGAUUCUUACUGGGAUAUUUGGACAGUAUUGGAAAAAAGUUCGGUUUCGAUCUUAAUGUUAUAGUUUGUCUCUCUCUAAUGCGUUUUGGUUUCAACUCCAUGUUCUUUCUGUCUAUAGAAGAUGUGGAGGUUCUAUGUUACAGCUUGUUGCAGUAUGGUCUGGGCGUAUUGGUAUAUUCUGGUCGUUAUUGUUGGUUUAGUGUUUCAGUGACAAUUUUGUUUUUAAGUUCUUGUAGGAAGCAUUACUGGACCACUGACGUAUUUAGUAUAUCAAAGAAAGGCAUCCGUGCUGUGUAUGAUGAACUGAAUGAGGAGGGAAAGGAAAUAUUUGCGAAAGCUUACUGUGCUUCUUAUCUACCUGCAUAUGAUAUUCUAAUUGAAUGUUAUGAAGAUGUAGAAAGUGGCAAUGAGAUCAAGUCAGUGUUGCAAGCCUGCAAACGCCAUCAUAAAAUACCUAUGGGCAAGAUUGAUACAACUCGCAUGUGGCAAGUUGGCAAAGAAGUCAGAGAAACCAGAGAUGAGUCCAAGAUUCCUAUUGUUCCCUUUUCUGCAGGUGUUUAUAUCGCAGCUAUGAUGGCUCAGAUUGAUAUUCUUUUGGAGAAAGGACAUCCUAUCUCAGAAAUUGUGAACGAGUCGGUCAUAGAAUCUGUCGAUUCACUUAAUCCGUACAUGCAUGCCAGAGGUGUUUCUUAUAUGGUAGAUAAUUGCUCUACUACUGCGAGACUAGGUGCUAGGAAAUGGGCUCCGCGUUUUGAUUAUAAUAUUACCCAACAGGCAUUUCCUGCCAUUGAUAACAAGGAACCUUUGGAUAUGAGCAAACUGGAUGCAUUCUUGAGUCAUCCUAUUCAUUCGGCAGUAUUGGAAUGUGCUAAAUUACGUCCGAGCGUGGAUAUUUCACUUUCUGGGACUACCUCUGAAGACUUUGCACGUUAUUGGCUGUAAUUCGGGUAUUUCAGCCCCAAAGUGAAAUAAUGAGUUGUCUUUUACAAUAAAG